AUGUUGAUGAAACUGGUUCUUUCGGCUCAAACUGGCUUCACAAUAGCAGCUGACGUCACAGAAUCAUCUGAUACUGAUGCCGAGGAAACAACUCAAGCCGUUGCAGACGUAACUACCAAAGCAGAGGACGCUGAAGACUCAACUGAUGCAGAGGCCGCUGAAGACUCAACUGAUGCAGAAUCCGCUGAAGACACAACAGAUGCAGAAGCCGCUGAUUCUGAUUCUGUUUCAAGCUCGACACCCGCGGCAGAGUCUUCAAACGCAGCCUCUUCUGGAAGCAAAAGUGCUGCAGCCAAGAAGAAACGUGCCGCGAAACGUGCUGCAAAGCGUAGAAGAAAACAACAAGCUGCUAAGAAAAGACGUCAGAAUAAGAAAAAGCAACAACGCAAAAAAAGAAGACAGCAAAAGAAAAAAAACCGCAUUAAUAUAAAAAAUAAACCCAUAUAA